CCAAAACAACUCACUCAGCUUGUUAAAAAAAAACAACUCACUCCUAUAGUAGUACCAUGGAGUUUCCAGGUACCUGGUGCUGGUGCGGCGCUGUGGCUCUUGUUUCCAUCAUCAUCACUGUGUUAUCCACCAAGAGCAAGAACUCAAGGGCGAGGCAUCCAGCAGGAACUCAGCUUACUCCACCUCUAGUCAGUGGCACCGAUCUUCUCCAGCUAAUACCCACCCUCCUGAAGAAAGGCGGCCUGCCGGCGGUGUUCACUAGUCUAUACGUCAAGUAUGGCAGUGUGUUCAGGGUCAGCCUCUUUGGGUUCAAGAUGAUAUUCUUGGCCGAGCCAGAAGUCACGCCCCAUUUCUAUCAUGGUUUGGAUUCGGAGAUUAGCCACGGGGAUCUCUAUGAGUUCACCGUGCCCAUAUUUGGCCCGGCGAUCGGCUUAGGCAGGGACAUCGCUACUCGGAAUGAGCAGAAGCGCUUCCACUUUGAUGCACUCAAGCCUUCGAGAUUGGCCGGCGAUUUUGCUCCGAUGCUACAAGAAGUGGAGAGUUACUUUGCCAAAUGGGGAAAGGAAGGCAUAGUCGAUUUGAAGUUUGAGUUCGACCGGCUAGUCAUGUUGAUGGCUUGCCGAUGCUUCCUUGGAGAAGAGGUCCGGGAAAACAUGUUUGAUGAGAUCGAUGCGCUGUUCCGUGAACUCGCAAAGGGCAUGAAGUUGGCUAGUAUCUUGUUCCCAUAUCUCCCGACUCCACUAAACCGGAGCCGCGAUAGAGCGCGCAUCAGGCUAACUGAAAUACUAUCUGAUGUGGUGGAGACCCGCAAGAGGUCUGGCAAAGUCCGGGACGACACACUCCAGAGAUUCAUCGACUCCAGGUAUAAAGAUGGCAGCUCUACAACAGUAGAAGAGGUAGUGGGAAUGACCAUAAGCUUGCUAUUUGCUGGAAAACAUAACAGCUCUGUCGCUACUAUUUAUAGUGCAGCUUGUCUGCUCACUCACCCAACCUACUUGAAAGCCGUCAUUGAGGAGCAGGAACAAAUCGCCAAGAAAUACAAGGAUGGUAUAGACUUCAAUGCCGUCAUGGAGAUGGAGAUGCUUCAUAAUUGCAUGAAGGAGACGAUAAGGAUGCACCCUCCGUCACUAGCGCUAGUUCGUAAGGCGCAUCUGCCCUUCACGGUGCAAACAAAAGAGGGCAAACAGUACGAAAUCCCAAAAGACCACCCGGUAUCAACUCUUAUUCAUGUCAACAACUAUAUUCCUUAUAUCUAUAAGGAUCCUCACGUAUAUGACCCGUACCGGUUUGGCCCGGAAAGGAAAGAGGACAUAGCAGGUGGCAAGCUCUCUUUCAUGUCAUUUGGCGCCGGUCGCCACGUUUGCAUCGGCGAGGGAAACGCUUAUCUGCAGAUGAAACUGAUAUGGAGCCAUUUGCUAAGGAACUUUGAACUCGAAUUGAUCUCUCCUUUCCCCGAGACAGACUGGAGCAAUUUCGUGGGAAAGCCAAAAGGAAAUCUGUUUGUAAGAUACAAGAGAAUCGGCUCUGCCAAGUCAGUUUAAAUUAUUUGCUUGUGUGCAACCUAUAUGCAUGUAAUAUUUAUGUAAGAGCUGGCUCUGUCCAGUAAAUUUAAGUUUAUGUAAUGAAUAAUAAUUCUUGAGGAAUUUAAUAAUAA